AUGAAAAACUACACUGUACCCACAGAAUUCAUUCUACUAGGGCUAACAGGUGACCCAGAAUUCCAGGUUGUGAUUUUUCUCUUUUUAAUUAUUACAUAUAUAUUGAAUGUCACUGGAAAUAUGACAAUCAUCACUCUCACAUUGGUGGACUCCCAUCUACAGACUCCUAUGUAUUUCUUCCUCAGGAACUUCUUUGUAUUAGAAAUCACCUUUACAACUGUCUGUAUCCCUAGAUUCCUGGGCACAAUUAUUUCUAAGGAAAAAACAAUUUCAUAUAAUAAUUGCACAGCUCAGUUGUUUUUCUCCGUCUUCUUGAGUAUAACUGAAUUUUACCUUCUAAUGACCAUGUCCUAUGUAGCCAUCUAUUCUACCACCAUCAUGAACAAGAGAAUCUGCAUAUUGCUUGUCUUUUGUGCUUCACUGGCAAGAUUCUUAAACAUCUUCCCACCAGUCAUUCUUUUUCUCCAGUUAGAUUACUGUGGCUCCAAUGUCAUUGAUCACUUUGCUUAUAACCAUUUCCCCCUAUUGCAAUUAUCCUGUUCAGACACAUGGCUCCUAGAAGUGAUUGAAUUUUACUCUGCAGUAGUGAUUCUGCUUUUCACUUUGGCAUUAAUAAUUCUAUCCUACAUUUUCAUCACGAGGACACUAUUGAAAUUCCCGUCUGCCAGUCAGAGAACAAAGGCAUUUUCUACAUGCUCCUCUCACAUGAUUGUCAUUUCCAUCUCUUAUGGAAGUUGCAUAUUUAUUUAUCUUAAUCCCUUUGCAAAAGAAAGAACAUCAUUGACCAAAGAAAUUGCUAUUCUCAAUGCUUCUGUUGCUCCCAUGAUGAAUUCAUUUAUAGACACUCUGAGGAAUCAGCAAGUAAAGCAAGCCUUUAAGGACACCAUCCAAAAAGUGAUGAUUCUCUCUGGUAAAAGAAAGUAUUAG